UUUAUUUUUGUUGCACACAUACACGCAUAUCACUGUGAAAUACGUGUGAAAAACGGCGGUCCGUGCGCAGUGUGAGAAAUUGAGGAAAAGUGACGUCAGUGCACCUGUUGAUGGGGGUGGGGCGGGUGUUUUUCAGCGUCCCAGGCAACAAGACACGUAAACACGGCACAUUUAAAACCAAAUACACCUUUACAGGGAGAAUGCAAAGCGAUGCCUUUUAGUUAAAACACAAACACGUGUAAUAAGCUGUUUGUCAUUACCCUUAAAUAGUAAAGCUGUCUCGUAUUUUGUUGAAAGCCCACACAAAACCGUGGUCUGAAUUUAGUCUAAAAUGUUUUUUUUUUUAAACAAAGCAAAUACUGCAAAGUGCUUAAUAAUAUGCUGUCCCGUUUUGAAAUACCUGUCGACAGUCGGCCGAGUGCAUGCGCAGAAGGAGAGACUCUCGCCAAAGAACAGGUUCGGCUCUCAGCCAGUUUCGGUCCAGGUGAGGCGGAAGCGACCUGGCUGGGGAGGAAUUCCGCAGCAAAGAGGAUUUAACCUUUCCGAACAGGAACACUGGACUUCAAUCAAAGUGCAAGAUCAGGGAUUGGGUUCUUUUUGAAGAUUUGAAAACCAGACGGCUGCUGCUUUGCACACCCGAGGAAGAUUCCUCUAUUCCUGUUUUUUCCUCUAAGCUUUCCAACCCUCCUGGUUGUGGAUUGCAUACUGGAGGCAUACAGCUAAGUCAACACUGGGACAUGCUGAGAACUUUUUAAUUGAUUUUAACUGAAACCGCCAGGAAUUGUGGCUUUUUUUAAAAAUUUUAAAAACAUUCAACAUUUUUUUUUUUUUUAAAGAAGAUGCUACAGUCUAAAAACCUUCUUGGCGUGUUUUUCAUCUUUCUGCAGUGGUGUGGAAGAGACGUUAGUGAGGCAAAUACAGCCUCCGCGGUUCUGGAAAGGGAUGCUGCCAACGUGACGACCCCCACUGCAAGCAGUCCUCCUCAGCCUGUUAACAUCGCAGCCAUUGUGGCUCCCAUUGUGACCCUGAGCUGCCUAGUCAUCGCAGGCAUCAUCGGCCUGGUCAUCUUUCUGAAGAUCCGAGAGAAACGACAGACCGAGGGAACGUACCGGCCCAGCAGCGAGGAGCAGGCUGGGACCCGUGUGCAACCCAACACCCUGAAACUCCCUCCAGGGGAGCGGCUCAUCUAGACCUGGGUUCAGACGAGCUGGAAAGACCGAGUCAAGUCUUGCACUUUCCAAUCCCUCCUGAAGAUUUUACUGUAUUUGAAGUUUUCCAUCAAACCAGCUGCUGGCGUGCUGCCCCCUGCUGGGAACUCGUCGACGCCACACCCUUUUGAAAGUGUGGUCCGCCACACACGUUGGAUUUACUGCAGUACACCGCUAGGAUGGGGAAAUGACCAUUUCCAAGCUGGCUGGCCCGCCUGAUAGCCCUCUUGCACGCAGACGUGUUUGCUGCAAUACGAAACGCUCCGGCUCAGUCCGUUUUUAUAAAUGAACUUUUGUGUCAAAUAGAAGCUUGGAAUUGCAUCCCUGUUGUCAUUCUGCGUUGCUUUCAAAGCCGAGGUAAAAGGUCUACGUGACUCGGUUUCCUCGUUUCACACUCAUUGAAGGCAUCAGCCGAAUCGCUAGUAAUCUUGACUCGGUUCAUUGUAGGAUUAAAUCUGAUUUAAGGCAUUAGCUGAAAUGAUGGCCUGCUUGACUUUUUCAAGUUUACCUCAGAAUUGAUGGUAAGCGACCUACGAAAUGGGGUUCAGAGUACAUUUAAAAUGGUACUUUUAAAGUCUGAGGAGUUUGUACUUCUCUUAUGAUGCUUUCAAUCAUGAGUAAUUCGUAUUGCAUAUAUAGUGUGUUACAUCUGAUAAACCUGCAAGAAAGUUAUUAAGCAGAUAGAAUUAUUUUGUAACCCUUGUUUGUACUAUUAUAUUACCCUCCUUCAGUGGGCACGGGUGUUUAUAUAAUGUAGAAUCCAAGGUAUUUCUAAUUUGUAGAGAGAUUUUAAAAGUUAAGUUUUUUGAAGUCAAAACGACUGCUGUAUGUAAACUUUUACUGUUUCUCUUACAUUCUUUAACCCUGGACGGCCGUGCUGGGCAAAUCGAUUUUAAUACAGCAAAAUACAAAGUCACCAAACUCACAGAGGCAGUUCAGUCUGUCCGCUAGAUUUCAAAAGCUUCUGGAGCAGAGCACCAGUUUUAUCAUUUCUCUUUGUUUUCUCAUAAACCGUUUGUGAGGGUACAAAGUACUGUUAUCUUCUAAGACUAUUGCAUCGCUUCAAUAACACGACGUAGGCUGGUGUUUUUAAAGUUUUUUUCUAGUUUGUAGAAUGAUUUAAACUGGUUACUGUUUUGGGAGGAUAUUACUCACUUUAACACUGUGGGUCUGAAUCAUCAGCAAACCACACAGUUUCACACGUACUACUGCAGGUGUUAAGUGACCAAUCACAUCCACUGGUACUAUUGUGUUUGUUAGUUGCACACUUCAAACAGGCUUUGGUUAGGGCUGCUAUAGGCACCAGUCAUUCACUGUCAUUCAACCAGACAUUCACUUCAGCCCAGGCUAUUGUAAAGUACGCUUACUGAACAAUCACACAAGCAAAAUACAUGAGAUCAGCCCAUGGAGUUGUGUGCAGGACUGUAAUGUGGUCGUAUCAGUGUUACUGUCACAGAUUACCAGACUGCUGUACAGUAAGUCGUUUUCAUAAACACCUGCGUUUACACCGAUUGACCACCAGGGGGCGCUUAUGCUCAGACACAGGCACAUGGGGAUUCACUGUAUGAACCCAAGUGAAUUGCUUUUCCCAAUCGUCAGGCAUGCAUCUAUUGUGCAAUGAUAUUGUAGGGUUCUGUGUUUUUUCUUUACUGUUUAGGGAUAUUUAAUAGUCCGCUGGUUAGUUAAUUAUUGAUUUGUAAUCACUACACAACGUUAAUGGGUGGAUAAUAAGGUUCGUAAUUCAGCUGAAAUGACAUUUGGAGGUGAAGAAAUCUAUCUGUUUAACCCUCAUAUCAGAAAGUAUUAUAUAUAUUAUAUUUAAAUGUUAACGAUUUUAAAUUAUUAUUAUUUUUUUUUAAUAUAAUAAAUGUCAGCCAAAGAAAUUGACACUGUAAUUUUCUGAAUGAUGUUGCGUUAAUCGAAUCAAUCAACUUGCCAUGGUGUGUGUCUGAAUCCCUUGCAGACUUCAGAAUAAAUUUAAAACACAUUUGAAGACUACACAAA